UACAAAAUAAGCAAAACAAAUGAAAUUCUAUUAAGCCAUUUAUUGAGCAAUUAUAUAUUUAUAUUAUUUGGUGCGCUACAUUAAUUUGCAUAAUCCCCGAUUUGGUAUAAAAGGCAUCACAGAUUUUCGAAAGCAUAUCAGAAUAACCACAAUGUUGACCAAGUGCACAGCUCUAACCAUUUGGCUAUUGGCCAGUUUGGCAUCUGUCAACCCAGCGGAAAUGGAUUGCUCGAAACGUUUGGAUUAUAAUACCGUGUCAAGCUGCUGUCCGAGACCCAAUCUAAAUUUUGAUGCAUUCCGGCCGAGCUGUGGCAAGUUCAUGCAAGAAGGAAAGCCCAAGAUUUCACCAUGUCUUUUUGAGUGUAUAUUCAAUUCAAACAAUGUGUUGGAUGGCAUGGAACUCAAUGAGCCAAAUGCACGUAAAGUACUGCAGGAUAUGUUGGGCGCUAAUAAGGACUUUCUUGAUAUCUAUAUGGAAUCUAUGCGGAACUGCUCGGCAAACAAGGAGACGCUGAUGAAGCGAAUGAAAAGAAAUAUGGGAAGAAAUAAUUGUUCUAAGACCGCGCUAUUUUUAAGUUGGUGCACCGCCGAAAAUAUAUUUGCCCAUUGCCCAGCGACCAGUUGGCGAUCAAGUCAAUCGUGUGAGGAAGCACAUGACUUUAUGGUCAAUUGCAAAUGUGAUGACAAUCAAAGUGUAUGUAUCCAGUUGUAAAUAAAUUAUUCAUUUAAUCCUCAAUUUUCAGUUGAUAUUGAGAUACAAAUUAAAUGAGUUCGCAGCUAUUGUAAAUGCAGACAAUUAAUGUGUGAAUUUCUAUAUAAUCUGAAAGUUAAAAAUUUUUACUUUUAAUUUGAAACAAUUUUAUUUAUAUAUCCCCGACA